AUGAGCGGGCUAAACUUUAGCACCCCGACCUUUUUAUCUCCCUACCACUCCUAUAUGGGCUCGCCGGGAGAAAAGCCUUCAAGGUCGAGUCCCAGUGGUGACCCAGAGACGCCCGUCCAGGAUGGCAACACUCUUUCCAGCCCAACCUCUAUCGGUUCAAGACAGGGUCGUCCUGGCCUGAGCCGCAAGAAGCGGAUGGUCUUUUCGGAUCACAUUGCAUUCCGCUACUUGGAAGAGGAUCCCGCAACGGAUCCUAUCGAACGCUGGAGGCGACUGGAAGGCUACGAAUUGUACAUUGUGGAACAAUGGGCGUGCUCAAGAUCUCACCCAACAAUCGUGAUCUGUACCUACACCGGCGACCCAUCGCACUCUAUUCUGGUCAACGUGUUGGCAGUACCAAGUGACGAAAGUUCUUGGUCUCCUCGACUACAAAUUUACUUCCAAGCAGUGACCCAGUCCUAUGCUAAAGAAAAGGACACGCCACUGGGCACUCUCAUGGUCACGAAUUUAAGCAGCUUCCCAUCGAAUCUGACGGUAAUCCCUAUUCCAGAUGGUGAUGUCAAGAAACACAAGGACGACUUCAUUGUCAACGAAAACCUGAAACGUAUGGGCUGUUCGGGAAGGGGCGGUCUCAAUCUCCAGCCUCCUCAGCAAAGCACUAUUGCGAAGUUUCAUCAUUUAUAUCGAACCAGCGAAAGCGUACCGCUAUAUCAAUCAGUUAUCGAAUUGGUCCGCGUCUGUCAGAUUGCACUAGUGAUGUACGGCAAACUACAACCAGCAUAUGUUGAUGGACUUCUCUGCGAUGUUACUGAGAAUGCCGUCAAGGAUUGGUGGACUGACAUUGGCACCUAUUUCUACAAUGUUGGACCCAAUGAUGGCGUCUUAGGUCCAACCAGCGUGGCAGCUCUUCUGGGCCUUCUGAUCGGCGCAUAUAAUCGUCUGAAAGCUUUUGGGUGCACAGUCGGCAAAGACGUCCUUGAUAUCUACCAGAUGAAACGUGCCAUUGGUCAUUUCCAGAAAAGUCUUAAAAUGGAGAAGACGCGACGUUUGGAUCGUGAAACCCUCGAUCGAUUGCACCGGACAACAGCAAAGAGUGCUGCUGGCGAAGGCUGGACCGUUCCAAAGGCCGUUAAGUCGACUGUAGCUGAGCUGAGCGGAAAAGGUGGCGAGAUGGUCAUGGGCAUUGUGGGAGCUCGCGACAAGGUCGGUAUCUCUGAAGCAGAGACCCUUGACAUUGAGCGCUUUGCCCAGGUUGUCACUGGUCCAACAUUGAAGUGGCUAUGGCAGGGCAAACCAAUAAAGUCUGGAGACUUUGUGUCUGCCGUUGACUCACUGAACGGCCGAGUAUUCAAGACCGACGACCAGGGUAAUUUCCUUUGGACUGGAGAACGGUCCGAUUCAAUGUUCGAAGGUGUGACGCUUGAGAGGAUGGAUACCGGCAUGACAAACCAGACCUCUGAUGCGAAAUCCAAUCGCAAUCGCAUAAGAGAUGCCGUGGGAGGAUUGAAGACCCAUCGCUCUCAGUUUUCAAGGGAUGGCGAAGAUGUCCAAGACUGGAUUGAUGCCGGGGAUGCCAGAUCAACCCGUCAUGUACAUCGUGAUUAUAGCUCACGUCCUCUGUUGGGCUCCAGACCAACCGGGCCACCAGCAUUUGAUAUGGCCUUGCGGGAAGCCGGAACUACACCACCAAAGGAUCUGCGUCGGCAGCGUCUCGAAGACGUAGACGUUGCUCAUGAGAAACAGAUCCCCUCUCAUCGACAACAACUGCGACAAAUCUUGCCGGGAGAUUCUCCAAGAAGGAAGAAAGUCAAUGCCGAACUGGCCGAGCUGCGCAACGAGUUCAACUCUGACAUCUACAGGAAUUUCUCGGCCGAGAUGCCCUACAGGGGAUUACACAGUCGAGUCCUGCGACGCUCUGCUAGCGCUGUCGCACUCACAAGCCAAAUGGACGUCGACAACCCUCGAGCGAACAGGCUCAACCGGCACUUGUCAUUCAGCAUUCUCGAAAAUGCCGUCUUGAGAAUGCCAGAAAGUGUAGCUGAAGAGGGCGUUGUCCAAGGUCAAAUUGAAGGUGAUCUCACCAAUGCUCUUGCUGAGCGUGAUUCCCUGGUGGCUGCUGCGCAAAAGAAGUCACGACGAAUACAAGCCAUCCAGCGAGCACUUAUACCCUUUACAGAAAGCAGAGUCGCCCAUGUGGAAGCACUAGAUCACGCUGCUCAUCAGAAUCUAGAACACCUACACGAGCUUUAUUAUCAUCGAUUGGAGGAAUACCAGACCUUGCAAGCAACGUCAUCCGACGUUGUUUCUCACGAAAAGGCAGGAUUAACUGAAAGUCUAAGGAGGAUUGAAAUGCUGGGGGCUAAAAUGGACUAUGAGCUCGACUCCUUGCAAUCAAGGUUACAGGAGGUUGAAGACGGGGUCAACGACUUUGAGCGCAAUGUUCUCGCUAUCGAAGACAAAGUGAAGCAGUUGAUAGGCGAAGGAAAGACAGCUUCGCUCCCUUGGAUACAACGCAUGUUCAAUAUCUUGGGCUCAAGGAGAGGAUCCAAAUCUGAUUGA